GGUGGGUCACCUGACCCGGACUUCGGCUACGCUAUGGCGGCGCCCGUGCUGCGCUUGGGUUUCCCUGGAAGACUCUGGGCUUUAACAUGGAGAGACGGCGGUUCCCGCCACCGAAGUGGUUCUCAGACUGGGCCCACAUCCAUCUGGGCUAGGAGACAGAGUUCAGUGGCUCAGCCUUCCCUCCACACGGCUCAGAAGCCGAGGAAAGGUGAACACAAAUGGGCAGCUGUAGUAGGACUGGAAAUUCAUGCACAGAUUUCCUCCAACUCUAAACUCUUCUCUGGAGCUCAAGUGUGCUUUGCAGCACCUCCAAACUCUUUGGUUUCUUAUUUUGAUGCAUCUCUGCCUGGAACUUUACCGGUUCUCAACAGGAGGUGUGUGGAAGCCGCGGUGAUGACUGGCUUAGCACUGAACUGCCACAUAAACAAGAAGUCCUUGUUUGACCGGAAGCACUACUUCUACUCAGACCUUCCUGCUGGCUACCAGAUCACCCAGCAGAGGCUCCCAAUUGCUGCCAAUGGACACUUGACCUACUGUAUCUAUCUAGGGAAGAAACCCAGUCAGGAGACCACCAAGACAGUGAGGAUCAAGCAGAUCCAGUUGGAGCAGGACAGUGGCAAAAGCCUCCAUGACGACCUGAGGUCACAGACGCUCAUUGAUUUGAACAGAGCCGGAAUUGGCCUUCUUGAAGUGGUCCUGGAGCCUGACCUGUGCUGUGGAGAAGAGGCAGCCCUAGCUGUCAGGGAACUGCAGCUGAUCCUUCAAGCCCUGGGCACCAGCCAAGCCAACAUGGCAGAGGGUCAGCUGAGAGUAGACGCCAAUAUAUCUGUACAUCACCCUGGGGAGCCACUGGGUGUCCGGACUGAGGUAAAGAAUCUCAACAGCCUCAGGUUCUUGGCCAAAGCCAUAGACUAUGAAAUUCAGAGGCAAAUCACUGAACUUGAGAAUGGAGGUGAAAUUCUGAAUGAAACUCGUUCAUUUGAUUAUAAGCUGGGGUGCACCAUGCCAAUGAGAGACAAGGAAGGAAAACAAGACUACAGGUUUAUGCCAGAGCCCAAUCUGCCUCCCUUAGUGCUCUACGAUGACACAUCUCUGCCACAAGGUGCAGACUCUCAGCAGGUGAUCAAUGUUGACCAGCUUCGGGACAUGCUCCCGGAGCUCCCCAGCGCAACCAGAGAAAGGCUGGUCCAGCAGUAUGGGAUGCUUCCCGAGCACAGCUUUGCAUUACUGAAUGAAGUUGGCCUACUGGAAUUCUUCCAGAAUGUGAUAAAAGAAACUAGGACAGAGCCAAAAAAGGUGACUAACUGGGUCCUGAACACUUUUCUGUGCUAUUUAAAGCAACAGAAUCUUGCAGUCAGUGAAAGUCCUGUCACACCCUCUGCACUUGCUGAGCUCCUCAACCUGCUGGACAGGAAAGCAAUUUCUUCAUCGGCAGCUAAGCAGGUGUUUGAGGAGCUGUGGAAGGGGGAGGGGAAGACAGCAGCACAGAUCGUGUCAGAACAGAAGCUGGAGCUGAUGCAGGAUCAAGAGGCCCUGGAAAAGCUCUGCCAGACCACCAUAGAUGGACACCCCCAAGUGGUGAUGGAUGUGAAGAAAAGAAACCCCAAAGCUAUAAAUAAGCUGAUUGGGUUGGUCCGGAAAGCAAGCCUCAGCAGGGCAGACCCGGCUCUGAUAAAGAAAAUAUUAGAGAGGAAGCUGUCAUUGUGAGAUGUGUGAGGUCCCUCUGCCGGAUGGAGGACAGUGUGGCUCUGAGAAGAGGGGCCUGUGAGGGCUGGCACUCAUGUGCUGUGCAAGUUGGAUCUCUUAGUCCCUAGCCAAGCUACACUUCCUAGGAGACCAGGAGGCAAUAGUUUACACCUGUGUGUGUCCUAUGAGACCCCAUGACCUGAGAGGCAGCCAUCACGGAAGACCAGCAGCCAGAGUGUCAGCCUCACUGUCUGGAAAUAGCCCCAUGAUGGUGGCAGCAGUGACUAAAGAAAUUGUAAGUCUACACAGAAUAAAGUUUACGCCCCCACCUCA